ACUCACUACAUUUCCAUGAUUCCAUCUUCCACACUGUUUUUCUUUUCUUUCCUUUUCUUUUCCAGAGACAAACAAGAACCCAAAAAAGCCCUAACUUUUGUUAUGUUGUUUAUUUCUUUUCUUCAAAGUUGUUGAGUAAGCAAUGGAGCCUCGUCCUCUUAGUCUCAUACGAAUAUCUAAUGCUCCUGUCGAUGAAGCAACCAGUGUGGAAGUGCUUCAGCUUAGUGAUGAUAGCUCUGACGAAUACGGCUCUGAUUUGGAAAUUUACGUGCCGUCGAAUACCCGUGAUGGAGGAGAUGAAGAAUACGGGUGGAGAAUGGAUUUGGACUUGAACCAGAAACCAAAAGAUAUAAUGGAGGUUUAUGUUGGGGAAGAUGGUGAUUAUGAUAGACCUUGGACAGAAAGGAGGAUGGCAGGACCAGAUAUGAAAACAGUGGAGCAUGGAGAACCGAGUUGUGAAGAGGAUGUGGCCGAAUACAGAGGACCGGUUCGGGAAGAGAAUGCCGUGCAUUGUGGAGGUAUAGACGGAAAUCAAUUUACUCAGCAAGGAGUUGUUGAAAUUGAUUUCCUCACGCUGAGCAAGCAGCAAACAUGUGAAGAGAAGACAACCAACGGUCCAAAGCCAAUGCUAAUGUGGAAUCACUGGGAAGAAGAGCACGAGAGAUGGAUUGAUGAAGAUUUGACGAAAAAUUUUGAUUUGGAUCAUCAGAAUGAAGCAAUUCGUGAAACUGCUGAGGCGCCGCCUGAAUUGACCAAGGCUUUGUACAAGCACCAAAAGGAAUGGUUGGCCUGGGCUUUGAAACAGGAAGAGUCUUCAACUAGAGGGGGAAUUCUUGCAGACGAGAUGGGAAUGGGGAAAACGAUUCAAGCAAUUGCACUCAUCCUUGCCAAACGGCAAGUCCAGAGGAUGAUUUGUGAACCUGAUGACCUCUCAGUAUUACCAGGUCCAUCCAAAGGCUUGCCUGGAAUUAAAGCCACCCUUGUAAUUUGUCCUCCAGUUGCUGUGAGCCAGUGGGAGAGUGAGAUUGGUCGGUUUACUAAAGAUGGAAGCACCAAGGUGCUUGUUUAUCAUGGGGCCAAUAGAGAGAAGAAUUCUGAACAGUUCAGAGAAUAUGAUUUUGUCAUAACAUCGUACUAUAUUGUUGGGACCGAGUACAAAAAGUACAUGAUGCCUCCCAAGAAGAAGUGCCCUCACUGUCACAAAUCAUUUUAUGACAGUGAACUGUCAAUUCACUUGAAAAUUUGCGGGCCCGAUGCUGUUAGAACAGAGAAGCAGUCUCAACGAGCAAGGAAAAAAUUGAAAACUGUAAUGUCAAAUCAGAAAACAGAAUCUGCUGAUCGUGAAGACAAGAUGAAUGAAUGUGAUGGCAAGAAAGGAGAGGGGAGUUUUAAGAAGACAUCGUGCCAGCAAAGCAAAGAGAAGGAUAUGGGAAUUAGAUUUGGGAAUGAAAAUUCAGAUGGCGUUGAAGGUUCAUCCAGAGUGAAAUCGCCUUUGCAUUCUGUGCAAUGGGAACGUUUAAUUCUGGAUGAGGCCCAUUAUAUAAAAGCUAGACAUUGUAAUACUGCCAAAGCCGUUUUUGCUUUAGAGUCUUCAUACAAAUGGGCUUUAAGUGGCACUCCCCUUCAGAACCAUAUUGGAGAACUCUACUCUUUGGUUCGCUUCCUGCGAAUAAUUCCAUAUUCUUAUUACUUGUGUAAGGACUGUGAUUGCAGAACACUAGAUCAUAGUUUAAAAGAGUGUUCAAACUGUUCUCAUAGUUCUGUGAGACAUUUUUGUUGGUGGAAUAAAUAUGUGGCUACACCAAUACAAAGAUAUGGAAAUAGUGAUGGGGGACAAAGAGCUAUGAUUUUGCUUACACACAAAAUUUUAAAGAACAUAGUGCUAAGACGUACGAAAGCUGAUCUCCCGCUUCCUCCUAGAAUUGUUUCAUUGAGGUGGGAUGCCUUGGAUAUCAAAGAACAAGAUUAUUACGAAUCGAUAUACAAUGAAAGUCAAGCACAAUUUAAUACAUAUGUUCAGGCAGGAACUUUGAUGAAUAACUACGCUCACAUAUUUGAGCUUCUGACACGCUUGCGGCAGGCAGUGGAUCAUCCUUACCUCGUGGUAUAUUCUAGAACUGCUGCACUAAGAAAUAGAAACAUGGUUAAUAAUGACAAUAGUGAACGAGUUUGUGGCAUCUGUCACCAUCUAGCUGAAGAUCCUGUGGUCACUGCUUGUGAGCAUGUUUUCUGUAAUGCUUGUUUCAUUGAUAUUGGACAAGCCGUAUGCCCUUCAUGUUCAAAAUUACUUACUGUUGAUUUGCCUAGAAAUGCGAAUGGAGAUCAAGCUUCUAAAACUACCAUCAAGGGGUUCAGAUCCUCAAGUAUUCUGAACAGAAUUCAACUUGAUGAUUUUCAGACAAGCACAAAAAUAGAGGCUUUGAGGGAAGAAAUUAGGUUCAUGGUUGAAAGGGAUGGUUCUGCAAAAGGAAUUGUUUUCAGCCAGUUCACAUCAUUCUUGGAUCUUAUAAAUUAUUCCCUCCACAAGUCCGAUAUUAAUUGUGUUCAAUUAGAUGGAAGCAUGUCCAUGUCUGCUAGAGAUGCUGCCAUCAAGAGGUUUACUGAGGACCCAGAUUGCAAGAUUUUCCUUAUGAGCUUGAAAGCUGGUGGUGUUGCUCUGAAUCUUACAAUUGCAUCACAUGUCUUCUUGAUGGAUCCUUGGUGGAACCCAGCUGUGGAGCGGCAAGCACAAGAUAGAAUCCACCGAAUAGGGCAGCAUAAACCAACCAGAAUCGUGAGAUUUGUUAUUGAGAAUACAAUUGAGGAGAGGAUUCUGAAGCUGCAAGAAAAGAAGGAAUUAAUGUUUGAAGUGACCAUAUGUGGCUCUUUUGAGGCCCUCGGAAAAUUAACUGAGGAAGACUUGAGAUUUCUGUUUGUUACCUGAAGAUGAAGCUACUAGCCCCAGUUCAAACCUCAACUGCUUCCUCUUGGUUAUGGAUGAUCAUCAUAUUCCAACCUAGUUUAGGAGAUCACUACCUGGUAUAUGUAUGCUUCUUCUUUUAGGAGAUGAGCCAGCAUCAAAAGGUAAGCAAUCCAGUCACGGAUUCAUUUUGGGUAAUAUUUGGAGAUAUUUUUGCUAAUUCCUAGUUCUUAUUUAAAGAAAUUGUCCAUCAUCUAUAGUUGUAAUGAUUAAGUGUGUUCAUCAUCUUCUUUCUUUCUUUUUUCUUUCCCUGUGUAAUGUAUUUUCUAAAAAGGGUUUUCUUUAUUUUUGA